CGUCAGUCAGCACGUCCAGCGCUCUGAUUCGCCACGACUUUUCCAACACUCGGCUCGUGUUCACCAAUCGCGAAGCAGUUGCGACCGUGUCACAACGGAGAGAUGCCGGAAAAUUUGGAAACAGGUCUUAAAACAGGAUUUUUCAGUCCGUGCGAGAUAAGUUUCGGAAAGAUAUAUAUCGAGUGGACGUAAACUAGUCGUAGGUUGAAGCGGAUAGGGACAGUGCCCCGAUGUUCGGCGCAGGAGGUACGAAAAGAAAAUCUAAGUGUGAUAAGAUGGCGUCACGCACGUCAGAUCUGGGGAAGAAGUGAGGGGCAGAGGAAAGACAGGAAGGAGGCAGGCCAGGCGAACGUCGCCAGGGGACUGCGGUGUGACAGAGAGUGUUCAUACGGGUGCUGUCAUGUCUUCUUCGAACCUUAAGAACGGCUACGUUACGAUCACGGUAAAACAUUGUGCACGAUUCACCGUUCAGUAACAUCAUCAAUGCCUUUGUUCGGCGAUAAGUAUCGUUCUAGCUCUAACGCGAUCGUUUCAACGAAUACGAUACGAAGGAGACGGAGUUAAUAUAAGCGGCAGUCAAUUUUCGUGGUGUUCGAGAAAGAACAAACGUGCAACGAUAAUCAGCUAGGCUGCUCGAGAGAGAGAAAGAACCUUCCUCUCGGUCCUGGACACGUUGAGGAGGAGGAGGAGGAGGAGCCGGUGGAGACGGAGGCGAACUGCCAAAGAGAUGCGCGAGUUCAAGGUAGUCGUCCUCGGCUCGGGCGGGGUAGGCAAGAGUGCACUUACCGUGCAAUUUGUUUCGGGAUGUUUCAUGGAGAAAUACGAUCCGACGAUCGAAGACUUUUAUCGGAAGGAGAUCGAAGUGGACAACUCGCCGUGUGUACUCGAAAUCCUCGACACCGCCGGCACCGAACAAUUCGCGAGUAUGCGCGAUCUAUACAUAAAGAACGGCCAGGGAUUCGUCGUAGUUUACAGUCUGACGAAUCAUCAGACUUUCCAGGAUAUCAAAGCGAUGAAGGAAUUGAUAACGCGCGUCAAAGGUACCGAGAGAGUGCCCGUAUUACUGGUCGCCAACAAGCUCGAUCUCGAGCAUCAACGCGAAGUAGAUACCGCCGAGGGGAACGCUCUGGCGCAACUCUGGGGAUGCCCGUUCGUCGAGGCAUCCGCGAAACACCGCACGAACGUGAACGACGUGUUCGCGGAGAUUGUACGCGAGAUGAACGUCAGCCCUGAGAAAGAGAAGAAAAGCUACUGUUGUUGCAGCAUCCUCUAAUAAUUAAUCAAAAUCCUGAACCGUGGGUUAACCAAGCCACGUUAGGUAAAGGAAAUCCAUAUAAUGGCUGGAUCGCAGUACACUUGGUGAAACUUUCGUUCAUCCAGUGCUUAGGCGUUCUCUCUCUCUCUCCCUCUCUCUUAAGCUCAACUCUUGGGCUUGUGCUGUGAAUUCGCCAAUCUGUAAGACUAAUACUAUGAUCAUAAACGCCUGGAUUCUUGUGAAUUUGAAAUACGUCAAAGACUCAUGCCGUCUCUUGGUUCUUUUUCUAUUGGAAGAUCAUAGCCUGCUGUUUGGCUGGCUGUUAAAUAUUUUAAUAUACAUGGAUAGUAUUAUGUGUAAUAUUAUUGUAAUAUAUAAUAGUAGAUAUAAGUGGGCAAUGAAAAGAGGUAACUCCGUCAGCAAAGGACCAAUACUCUGAGAGAGAAAAAAUAAGGAAAGGAAAUAGCAAAAUGAAAUAGGAAAGGACAGAUAAUGUCAAGGGUGAUAAUAGAACUGCCCUGCAGUAGUUGUUACUUGUUAACAGCGAAACCAAACUUGAUAUGUCUAGCUUUCUGCUCAAUCUAAAAAAUACACCCAUUGCGUAUUUGUUUCAGUCUGUAAAUCUCUAUUCGCAGGUUAGAUGCUGAUUAAACAAAGCAUCCAAAGCUAUUUGCAGAUAUUGAAGGAAUCACUGUGGUGGUCAGUUAUUUGAAAUAACGAAAAAAAUCGGAAAUAUUCAAAUGUUGUUUACAAUGUACAGUCAAGAAUUGAGAAGAAGAUAGAUUGCUUAGAUACAUUGUGCAAUGAUUUCCAUUAACGAUAUGUUACCUGUGCUCAAUUGUCAGAGGCUGCGGUAAAGAAUACAUUGUAUAGAGGGCUUGAAUGGUAUGUCGUUAAUGGUAUUGGUAUUGAUUGUACAGUUCUAAUGGUAGAAAUACAUUUUAUUGAGAUGAACAUGGAGUAUUGAAAUUGUUGCUAAUGAGUAGAAUUUUAUAUUCGAGACCAGGAUAUUCAGAUAGUUGUGUUCUCAUCGGCUUUCAAUAUGACUCCAUUGCAUACCAGAUAUUGUAUGUAUUCUUAUAUUUGAAUAAGAAUUACCUUCAUCAGACUGAGAAUUCAAAACUUAGCAUCCAGUGCUUUUAAUCAACCAAGGCAUGAAAUGGAAAGGAAUAAAAAGGAAAAGGAAGAAAGGAGAUUGCAGUAAUAUUACAGAAGAACAUUAGUGCAUAACGUCAAUCAUAAACAUAAUUAUAGGAUUUAUGUGGUAAAAUGUGUAUAACAGAAACAGAGAUACAAGAUCUUUAUACAAUUCCAAAAAGUUUUAUAACCAAUUUAAAAAAAAAAAAAAGAAAUAAAAGAAGAAACCAGCAAGAGGAUGUAAGACUUUGAAAUGUGUUUUUUCACGAAGGCUUGCUGGUACAUUGAUCCCUUCAACUGCAAAAUACAUAUGUGGUACUCAUAAUAAUCAAUAUAUCCAUUGCUUUCUAUGAACGAAAAAUCUCCUUUCGAACUGUUAUUGAGUUCGUGAAUGUAAACAAAUAGAUAUAACGAAAAAGAAAAAAAAAAAAGAAGCAAUGGACUCCCUUAUAAGUAGUAGUAGGUCGUGUGUAAUUUUUCUCGUGUGAUCAAAAAAAAAAUCAUAUUAUCCAAUGUUAAAAACCGCUUUUAUACCAUAACAGUCAUUACAUUAGCUCGAUAUGUUAUUACUUAACGCCACACCAUCGAAGUCAUUACUUUCCGUGUGAUUGUUGCAUAACGUACCUUAACAAAAAAGCAAACAAAAAAUAAUGAAGGUUGUUCAAUCGGUUAUCUUCUAUUUUUUCUUUUUUUUUUUUUUUUUCACAAAUUUUAACUGAAGGAUGUUAAAUUCUGAUUUUAUGAAAACGAAAACGAAGAAGGAAAACAAAAUAAAAUAUGUAUUUAUAGUUUGUAUAAUAUCUACUUGUUCGUCUCAAUUAUCUGUUUUUUGGAUCAGUUGCGAAUGUUAAAUUGUACACGAUCGACAGCGUUCUCCCGUGCUUGAACGUAUCGAAGGACCGCGAUGUUGAACUGAAAAGUUUCAAACGAACUGAUGUACAGUAUUUCUAUCAUUGGUAGUUAGAAAAGAAAAAAAAGCGAGUCCAACGAUAUAGAAUUCUUGGGAAGAGUUAUCGAUCGUACACUUAAUUCGUUCUCUCCAAUUGUCGGUGCACUUUUAGAAAUGUCGUUUCGUAGCGAAUAUGCGGGGCUGGGUGUUUUCUUUUGUUUCUGCCACAAAGCAUUUAAUUUUAUUAGUUUACGCUAUUUGGAAAUUUCUCUUUUAUAAUUUUUCUCAUAUUUCGUUUAAUUGUGCGUUUCAUUAGAUAAUUAUAUAAGUUUAAAUGAUUAUUUGUUACUUUAUAUUUUUUAUUCUCAUUCCAAAAUAUUAGUAUUUAUAUAAUCUGAUAUGAUAAAAACCAUUGUACAUCAUAUAUAUAUAUAUAUAUAUAUAUGUAUUAGAGAAACGAAGUACUCGAUUAUAUGCGGGGAGAAUUCAAAGUACGGUAGCCUCGCGUAUUCGUCUAAUGAAGGGUGCUAAUACGUUUUGUCAGUUUAUAAAAUUGGUGAAGCGUAUACCGACGUAGCGAAUCGGGCCAUCUGACAUUUCAUUACUAUACUCGAAUAAUAUAAACACAGGCAAGGAGGAAAAAAUGCGGAAAGAAUGAACGGCGGGCAGGGGGGAGGGGAAGCAACACAGAUAUAAUUAUUCGUAUCUUCUAUUUUAUCACUCGGAAAAUUCAUAGUCUCGCUGUGAUCCUGUAGAUUAUAACCGCAGUUUUUCUAUUAAAAGGCGACGAUAAUAACCGCGUAUAGAAGCCUUUCAACGGCGAAUCAAAGGGCCUCUUUGUGAAACGUGUAAUCGCUCUCGCUCUAUUAUCGUUACGUUUUUUCGCUCUCCUGCGUUUUUUGUGCUUCGCGAAAACCAUAGAUCGGCGAAAAGAAUAAUAAUAAAAAAAAAAAUAAAAAAAAAAAGGAAAGGAAAAGAAACGAAAAAAAAGGAGGAGAAAUGGUAGAGUGAGGGGUUGAACACGGGGUGGGGAGAGGGGAGGGAGAGAGGAAAAAGUAAAUGACGCUCAUUGACUGCCCGCGGGAUAGCUUUCUAAGUACAUAUUAUGUACACAACUAAAUGCAUGAGAAAAACGGAAUAAAGAAAAAAAGUUUCUAUAUUUAUAUCGCUUCUGAAUGUAACGCACACGUUUCCCCGGCGCGGGAUCGCGUUUUAAGAAUAUUUUUCUAAAGAGUGCGCUGAAGACUUUUUGUACACAAGAGAAAAGAAAACGAAAAGAAACUCAAAAAUAUAGAAAAAUGCAAAAAAAAAAAAAAGAAAAAGGAAAUGAAGUAAUGAUAAUGAUAAACGAACUGUCCUUUUACUUGGAAAGCUAUCAAGCAUUGAGAAAAUAUUAGAAGAAAAAAAAAAAUCGAGCUUCGUCUGAGUGAGCAUAUCAAGUGUCAAGGACCAGGUGACGUUUCGUUUUCUUCCUUGUUUCUUGGCUAGCAAAUUCUUUUUAGUAUUAUCUCUUUUUUUUAAAUUUUCUUUUUUUUUUUUCUAUAACGUGAAAGAAAAAGAUUUAAGGGAAAGAAAGCACAAGAAUUCACCACCUACAAAAAAAAAAAAACGAUUCGCAUACGAUUUUAUAAUUAGAUAUAAAUAAAUGAAUAAAUAAAUAAAUGAUAUAAAUAUAAAUAUAUAUAAAUAUAUAUAUAUAUACAUACAAUAUAUAUGUAUACAUGCAGAUUUGUUACGCAACUGGGUCACAUUAAUUCGAGAAACACCACGAUUUAGAUGUAUAUCGGCCUUUCAGUACUACCUGCGUAUGAUAUUGAGUACGAAAUACGUUAUAUUUUUUACAAUGUGAAGAAUCUGUAAAUAUUAUAGCGUCGAAUUAUAUAAUAAUAAUAAUAUUAAUAAUUAAUAAUAAUAUUAAUAUUAAUGGAGGAAAAAAAUGAACAAAUACUGAUCUGACAUUCGAAAAGACAACAAUGAGAAUGGCUUACAGUAAAAAAAUGUGCAUUUCAUUGACAAACGAUGACGUUCGCGAGAUAUAGUUAUGUUUCUUUGUUGUUUUAGCCCGUCUUUCUUUGGUUUGUUAUUCUUUGAUCGGAUUAGCUAUACAUUCGAGCGAUAUCACUUGGGUAGACAAGAAACAGAUACUCGAUAACAACACACAUCCGCAAAAAUUGUUUGCUGGUAUUUUCAAUAUUUUUCUCCAUCGCGUUUGUUAAUCACGUCGAUGAAAAGAAAGGGAAAUAGGCGAAAACAGAACGUGCAUUAUUUUUUACUAGUAAUGAAAGGAAAAAAAGAAGAAUAAAAACGUAAGAGCAUGUGACAUUCGUGUAUUUCCCCGUUUUAAAAUGCGAUUGAAAAUAAACAAGUAUCUUUUCUUUCUUCUUUUAUGUAACAAAGUAUUCUCAUUCUUGAUUUAAUUUUCACUUGUCGAACUUCUGCUUUCAGUUAUUAAACGUUAUAUUGUAUUCUGUUUAUAUUACCAGCAUAAGAAUCUAGUCACUAUAGAAAUCUUGUAACUCAAUGACAUGGAAAAAGUUGUAAGAAAGUACGGUUAUAAGUUGGAGAAAAUAAUGGCUUUAUUGUGAGAGGGAUGACUGUACUAUCCUAUUGUCUAAUUAAUUAUUUUAUACCGAAAUUAUUUUAAAUACUAAUUUUCUUGUCUAGUGUAGAAGGAAUGUAGCAUGGAUUUAAUAUUUGUAGAUUAAAGAUAGAAAUCGUAAUUUAAUUUCAAAGACAAUAGGCUGUUACAGCAAUUUUGUAUCAUAUACCAAAUUUUUUCCAUGAAAGCAUUGAGACUAUCCAGAUGAAGCUACCCACUUGAUUUUUGCCUGACUCAAUACUGGUGCACAUUUUUUCUUUGUAUGCAAUUUUUUUCACAUUUUUUUAUUACUAACCAUUGUACUGGCAUUUUGGAAAUAUCGCACAAAUAUAAUAUAGAAUAAAAACAAGCAA